UUUCCGCGCAGGCGCAGUUUCACCACACGUUGCACCUGAGCCCCGCUGUAAACACAGCGAUGUGGUGCUUCCCCUCUCAGAGCAGAUCCCUCCACUCCUCCCUGACUUUAAUGAAGAAGUUAAAAGGUAAAUCUGCCGCCGAGCAGCGCUGGCUGCAGCGGCAGCUCAAGGACCCGUAUGUCAAAGCUUCCCACGCACAGAACUUCCGGUGCAGAAGCGCCUUCAAGCUGCUGGAGAUAGAUGACAAGUUCAGGCUCCUGCGCCCGGGGAGCAGUGUGGUGGACUGCGGAACUGCACCCGGAGCCUGGAGCCAGGUGGCCGUGCAGAGGGUCAACUCAGCGGGGACAGAUCCAGCGUUACCACACGGCUCAGUUGUCGGCAUUGACCUGCUGAACAUCCCACCUCUGGACGGUGCCCACUUCCUGUCCAGCCACGAUGUCACCGACCCCGUCACUCAGGCUAAGCUGCUGGAGCUGCUCCCCGGCGGCCGGGCUGACGUCAUCCUGAGCGACAUGGCGCCCAACGCCAGCGGUUUCCGGGAGAUGGACCACGAGAAACUCAUCACCAUGUGUUUGUCUCUGACGGAUCUGGCUGAGAGGAUUCUACAGCCGGGGGGGUCGCUGGUUUGUAAAUACUGGGACGGGAUCCUCGCUCACAAGCUCCAGCAGAAACUCUCCAGUGUGUUCAGUAGCGUUCAGACUUUAAAGCCAAACGCCAGCAGGAAGGACUCAGCUGAGAGGUAUUUCCUCGCCCGAAUGUACAGAAAGCCUUUAAAAUGAUCAUCAGGAGUAUUCUAAUAUUCAUCCUGCAAUGAACAAUUUGUUCAACUUAGAUGUUUCCUGGAGAGUUUUUUUGAUGAGUGAACAUGAAGAAGAGGCUUCCUUCAUAACUCUGAUCAAAAGGUGGCACUGUUGAGGCACCAGUGAGGCUCACAGCUGCAGGCGCAGACACAUCCCACACUGCUGGGUGCUGAUUUCUAUCCCUGCAAAAACGUAACACAGCGGCGGCAGUGAAUCGGUAAUAUGUUAAAACUUAUGCAAGAAUCAUCAGUGUGAUAUUCCUCAAGAGCCACAGUUCCUCUGAAGUUAUUGUUUGCCCCUCGGUGUUUGUUCUACACAGUCAGUUUGGUAUUUGCUUUGUUACAGAAAGUCAUUUACCAGUUCUGCCUAUGCUAAUAAUUUGCACUGCCAGCCAUGUAGAAAUAUGUAAUCAUUCUCUCAUUGAGAGCUUAUGAAGGGACGCGCUAAUACAGAGUCACAUACAGCAUGACUAAUGGGAAGUGGGAUGAUACUGAAGCUUGGCACGCCGCGAGUGUUUGUCGGGCUCGGCUCUCUGACAGUGCAGAGAUGUCCAUUUCCUGUGAGGAGUAUUUUCAGCCCAGCAGACAGAUUUCCUCUUAAGAGUAGUCUUUAAAUCACUGUGUUGGACACUUUUUUUUUUUUUUUUUUUUUUGUUGAUUUGAUUCUGGUGAAGCCAGAGUUCAGAACCAACAGUAAUGGAAUAAAAGGAUGUUAUUCUAUCAAAGCUCCAUUAUCAAAGAUACAACUCAUGUAUUUGAUGUCCCAGAGAUCUAUAGAGGGAUUCACAGUGUGGCCUCGCAAAUAUAACAUAGUGUGCAAAUAACAACUAAAACACACGUGCUCUUCUUCUGUUUUGUACCACUUUUAAGCGAAUAUUACUCAAAGAGAUACUUUUACUAUGAAGUUUGCUUUGGGUUAUAACGGAUAAUAAUGGAACAUCAUCUCCUUCAUGGUUGUUUAAAUCUCUGAUAUACCUUUGGCAUCAGAAAAUAUGUUUUUUUUUCGACACUGAGAAGGAUUACUGUAUUUCAAAAUAAAAGACAAAGUGAAGAUUUUGCAACAGCCAUGUUUUACAGUGUUCAAUAUUCAGCUAGUGUUCACUGUUGAUGUUUAAUGCAAG